AUAAGGCACCCCCGUCAUUCGAAGCUAUUCGUCCUCAUCUUCUGCCGGACUCGCCAUUUCUGAGAAGCCAAACCCUGUCCAGAAACCCCUCCAUCCAUCCAUCCCUUAUUCCGUUUCUCGUCUCUUCCAAUUUUGAUUCCUCGAGCCUCGAGGUGUUUGAGAGAGGAGGCUUAGACAGAGAUCAGGCGCUGUAAUCAUCGAUUUAAUCUGUGUAAUGAUCUGAUGGAGUCAAAAGGUGGGAAAAAGAAGUCUAGCAGUAGUCGGUCCUCGUUCUACGAAGCGCCUCUUGGUUACACAGUUGAAGACGUUCGACCAAACGGAGGAAUCAAGAAAUUCAGAUCUGCUGCUUACUCCAACUGCGCCCGCAAGCCAUCCUGAGAUUUCCCGUGCUUCCUAAUAAUAACCACCAAUAGUGGUGGACUUGUAGUGUAGUUAUAAUAUACUAUCUCAUCUCUCGCUCUUUUCUUCUUCACCUCGUCCUCGUUGAUCUCUCCUCUUUAGCAUCACAACCCAUUUCUUUAGAAACAGCAAUUGGAUAUUAGUUAAGUCAAGAUGGCUGUGACAGCAUCUGCAAUUGGAUUUGAAGGCUAUGAAAAGAGGCUUGAGAUUUCAUUUUAUGAGUCUGGGGUGUUUGCUGACCCUGGAGGCCGUGGCUUGAGAGCUCUUUCCAGGGAGCAUUUGGAUGAAGUUCUUAAGCCUGCCCAGUGUACUAUUGUCUCAUCAUUAGCAAAUAACAAAGUCGAUUCAUAUGUUCUUUCUGAAUCUAGCCUCUUUGUUUACCCAUACAAGAUUAUCAUCAAAACAUGUGGCACUACAAAGCUCUUGCUCUCUAUUCCACCUAUCCUUGCUUUGGCCAAUGGGCUCGGCCUCGAAGUGAAAUCUGUAAAAUACUCUCGUGGGAGUUUCAUCUUUCCCGAAGUUCAGCCAUACCCACAUCGUUGUUUCUCUGAAGAAGUGGCCAUUCUUGAUGGUUAUUUUGGUAAACUUGGGUCGGGAAGCAAAGCAUAUGUGAUGGGUGAUUCUGGAACUAAAAAGAAAUGGCAUGUUUACUCUGCCUCUGCAGAAUCUGCGGUGAACGAGCCAUUACCUGUCUAUACCCUGGAGAUGUGCAUGACUGGAUUGGACAAGAAGAGCUCAUCUGUGUUUUUCAAGACACAAUCAAACUCUGCUGCCCAGAUGACUGAAUCUUCAGGAAUCAGGAAGAUUCUCCCUGGUUCAGAUAUAUGCGACUUUGAUUUCGACCCGUGUGGGUACUCUAUGAAUGCUGUCGAGGGAGGGGCAAUUUCGACAAUUCAUGUCACUCCGGAGGAUGGAUUCAGCUAUGCAAGUUUCGAAGCAAUGGGCUACGAUUUCAAAAGCGUCAACUUGGAUGCCCUUAUUGAGAGGGUGUUGGCCUGCUUCCAACCUGCUGAAUUUUCUGUUGCCCUGCAUAGUGAUGCUCUUGGAGAGGAACUCAAUUCUGUUUUCCACCUUAAUGUGAAUGGGUAUGUCUGUGGUGAAACGAGCUUUGAAGUGCUUGGCAAUGGAGGAUCAAUAAUGUACUGUGGUUUGAAUAGCGUCGGCUCUGGCAGAUGCGGAUCCCCAAGGUCAACACUUCUCUGUUGUUGGAGUGAAAACGAGGACGAGGAAGGAGAGAAGAAACCCUUCUAAUAAUAAAAAGUUCCUUUUAGUCUUUCUUUCUUAUUACUAUAAACGUAUUGUGUUAAGUGUGGUUUUUAUAUUUGCCUUAUGUGUUGUUUGUGUGUUUGUUCUAUGUUGUGAUGUAAUAAAAUGGAGUAAAUGAUUUACUCCAAACUCAUGUUAAAAGUUAUACAUUAUCGUUUGCUUGUGCCAUUUUU